GCUUCUCACUAACCUGAUUUUCUAUAAAAUAAACUCACCACUAGAAACCACAAUAGCAACCACAAUGGCAACAAUGUCUCCCAUGUGGUUCAUUCUUCUUGAGAUAACUUGUUUCUUUGUGGCUCAUGCUUAUGUGGAGAACAUGUCUCUAAGGACUCUUUCUGGUUUCACUCAUGAAGAAGCAAUCCUUGGACUUAAGGGAUUCAAGGCUUCCAUAACAAGACGUCACUCCAUUACUUCAACACCACCUUCAUACUCACCCUCUCCUACUCCUUCUCCUCUUCCACCACGGGAUCUCAAGAAACCACAUGUGUACCCUCUGACAUCUGAUGGUGCAGAUCCAACAGGAAAUUCAGACAGCACUGAAGCUCUUCUUGCAGCCAUAGCAGAUGUAGCCAAAGGUCAACUGAAGGGUUCUUAAUGAAAGACAUCAAAGAUCUUGGAGGUGCUCAGGUUCAUCUUGAGGGUGGAAAGUACUUCAUUAGCAAACCACUGCAAUUUCCACAGCCAGGGGUUGGAAACUUCAUGGUAAGAAAAGCAUAAUUUACAUGAAAAUUUGAACAGUAAAUGGUCUACCUCUAAGUUGAAAUGGUUUUUAUCUUUUGUCAUUUGAUUUACAAAGUAAAAGUUAUUGUAUUAAAAGUUGUAUUAGUGUUGAUCUUGAUCUUUAAUUCCUUAAUAAUAUUAAAUGGUAUACUGGCAUAUUAAUCUAGAACAUGAAAAAAAUACUUACUUUUGGAAGCUUGGCUUUGGUCAAACUUGAAAUAGAAAACUGGUUUUAGGAAUGACUAUCCAUUUAAUAUUUAAAAGGAAGGAAGAAAGUCCUUUUCCAACUCCUUUUUUGUCAAUGUUUUAUUUUUGUUCUUUUCUCAGUACAAAACUUUUCAUAUUUCACCAAUUCAUAGAUAAAGUGCUGCAGCAAAUGUUGUGAAGGGUAUGAACUCAAAGGCCACAGUUGCAAAGAUGUCUACGCAAGGGAAUGGAACCUCAUAGACAGUUAAUUUUAGCAAACUUUUGCUUUUUCCUAACCUUACCAAGCAUGCUCUCGGAAAUGUGUCUCACAAUGGCGUUGUGAUUUGAAGCAGAUGAGACUGUGACUGCAAAUGUUUUUGGGCAACAUUAAAGGCAACUUUGUAACCAUAAUUCAAUUUUUUUAGAUUGUGUUUCAAAUUGUUGAAUACAUUGAACUGUAAAUAAAGGAAAGAAUAUUUAGAUAAAAAG